AUACUCGGUGUGUAUGUACACAGGACUCUGAUCUGAUCAGUUUGCGGAGUUGGAGCCCCGGCCCCCAGCCCCAGCCCCUGCCCCAGUAUUGGCAGCGGCAGCUAUAGAUGUUUCUGCAAAGCCAGCAGCCGGCUCCCACCUACCCAAGGAGAGAAGAUCACUCCAAGACAGUGAAAGCUUCCCUGCUGUCUCAGUGCAAAGUCCAUUCAGCGACCUCACAGGAGUAACGGGGCCUUAACUUUUUGCGUUUCUUUUGCUAUAAUUUUCUCCAUUCACCUCCCCAUCUCCGCUACAAUUUUUACUGGGGGUCUUUUGUUUUCCGGAUCCUCCGUCUCUCCCUCUGGCCCCUCCAUGGCUCCCUUAGCCGAAGUCGGGGGCUUCCUGGGCGGCCUGGAGGGCUUGGGCCAGCAGGUGGGCUCGCACUUCCUGCUGCCUCCUGCCGGGGAGCGGCCGCCUCUGCUGGGCGAGCGCCGGGGCGCGGCGGAGCGGGGCGCCCGCGGCGGGCCCGUGGCUGCGGAGCUGGCGCACCUGCACGGCAUCCUGCGCCGCCGGCAGCUCUACUGCCGCACCGGCUUCCACCUGCAGAUCCUGCCCGACGGCAGCGUGCAGGGCACCCGGCAGGACCACAGCCUCUUUGGUAUCCUGGAGUUCAUCAGUGUGGCAGUGGGACUGGUCAGUAUUCGAGGUGUGGACAGUGGUCUUUACCUUGGAAUGAAUGACAAAGGAGAACUCUAUGGAUCAGAGAAACUGACUUCUGAAUGCAUCUUUCGGGAGCAAUUUGAAGAGAAUUGGUAUAAUACCUAUUCAUCCAACAUAUAUAAACAUGGAGACACUGGCCGCAGGUAUUUUGUGGCACUCAACAAAGACGGAACUCCAAGAGAUGGUGCCAGGUCCAAAAGACAUCAGAAAUUUACACAUUUCCUACCUAGACCAGUGGAUCCAGAAAGAGUUCCUGAAUUGUACAAGGACAUACUGAUGUACAGUUGAAGUGUGAUAGUGUCUUUGCUGAAGAACCAAACUACAACUAUUCUCUCUUAUUAGAGUUCCCAUCAUAAAAUAAUAACCCAAGAAGACAUUCGGAAUGUUAUGGAGUCUACUUUCCACUGGGAGACUGACUUUGGAAAGAAUAUUGAGAACAAACAAACAAAAAUAUUUUGACUUGAAGUAGAUCAAGAUCUCUCUUUAUAAGUGGACUAAGUUCCCUUAGGAACACCAGCUCAGUCCUUACUAGUAGAUUGAAGCUGAAAAAUCUGUUAAGCUGUGGAUAAUGGGAACCCCACCUAGUUUGCUGCUGGUGCCUCACCUCUCUGGAUUAUGUUUACUUUAAAAGUUACAUUAAAAAUAGAUACUUCAUGUUGAAGAAAUGGAUUGACGUAGUUGGCCAAGAUUAUUGCUAUAUAAAUUCUGAGGACUUGGUAGGAUUUUGCAAGUUAUGGCAUUAUAUGUAAAAGAACCUGGGUGAAAUGUGGACUAUGAAUCAUGCCACAGCAAGACAGAACAUUUUUUUAAAGGAUGGACCUAUUUAUACAUUUUCAGUUUGCAAAUAUUUAUUAUAUAUAUUUAUUUAUUAAAGAGUUUAUUUUUUACUGGUAUAUGAAGAUAAUACAAAGAGAAAAAACACAAAAAUUCCUUUAUUGUGCCAUUUCUUUGUUGUGGUGUCUUGGGCUGUAAAGAAGACAUCAUUAUUGCAACACAUUUAGUGUAGAAUAAGAGCUUGAAUUUCUUUUUAAAAAUAAAGUAUAGCAUAGAUUAUAUUUUUUUUGCAGUCAAUUGCCUUCUAAAUGUAACAUUGGUUCCUUUGGCCUGGAAAAAUGCUUUAUCAAUUUGUAUUGAAUUCACACAUUCAAAAGGGAAUUAAAC